CAACUAUGCACGGGGUUUUAAAAGCUUUAGCUUGACUGUUGAAUAUUUGAUGAAGGAUUUGAAGCCAACGGGGAAGACACAAAACCUAUAUAGCUUCCCUUGGGCUUUCAUGGCUUGGGCAUUUGAAGGCAUUCCUCACCUCAGGCAUCAAGUCAAGGAAUACUUCAAAGAAGUUACCUAUCCAAGAAUUCUUAGAUGGCUCACUGCCAGGAACAACACAAAAUUGAGUGUUGACCUUUUCAACCCCCCUAAGGAAGCUGUAAGCAUUAGAACACAACAGAUGACUAGUUGUUGCAACAGCUUUUAUAAUCUGCUGCAACAACACAUGCAUCUGUUGCAACAAGUUAUGCAUCUGUUGGACAAUGUCCAACAGAUGAUUAACCUGUUGCAACAAGUUACCCAACAGAUGAAUCUGUUAUAACAUGCAACUAGUUUUUUACAACAGAUGAGUAACCUGCUGCAACAAGUUACCCAUCUGUUGGAAAAUGUCCAACAGAUGAUA